UUGUCGAUGAGUUUGUGUGGCAGACCCGAACGCCUUCUCUGGGGAUGAGGAUACCCAGAUGUGGACCCAUCUCUCCCAAAAAUGUAGUCAGACUCGCCAUCUUUCUGCUCUUGCAACUUCUGCUGCUGGCCGUGGUCCUGCAGUUGAACCAGCAGGUGGUCCAGAACAUCGUACAGUGUGACCACCAUGACAAUGACUUACAUACAAAGGACGUACCCUGCCAACAAUUGAUAGCUGAAGAUACAGGUACAGGUCCACUCGGAUACUUAAGGGUCAACAGUCAUGUGACCGAUCUGUCCAGUCUAGAAAUCAGUAACAUGAGUACUACGCAACUACUGUUGACUGUCCACAGUUAUCUGGACAAUGCUGAUGUCAUCUGCCAGAGGAAAAUUCGGAUGGGCCGCAUCGACGACGGCGGCUGGGAGGUGUGCGACGACCCUGACGUCAGGCCCCGGGAGCCCUGCAUCAUCUACUCCUUUGGCAUCAACGACGACUUCUCCUUUGACGACGACUCUGCCAGGCUGUACGGGUGCCACAUAUACUCGUUUGACCCCAGCAUGGUCCAAUCAGCCAUUGAGUAUAACAGGUCAUCCAAAGUUCACUUUUACCGAAUCGGUCUAGGGGGCACAACUCUCAUCAACAACAAGCAGUGGCCGCUGUUCACGCUGACCGACAUCCGGCGGAAGCUCGGGCACCAGAACGCCACGAUUGACAUCAUCAAGAUGGACAUUGAAGGCUCGGAGUGGGGCGCUCUCCCGCAGAUGCUCCGCCACGGGGAGUUGGAGGGAGUCAGGCAGUUCUACAUAGAGUACCACCUGACGAGGGAUGACCGGCGCUACAUUCUGCCCAGAUUAAAGGCAAUACAGGGUCUUGCCAGGGCCGGUUUUAAGAAGUUCUACGUCCACAAGAACAAGAUUACAAAAACAAGCAUUAAAGGAUUCCCAGUGUCUCGUACGCGUUGCUACGAGGUUCAUUACUUGCGCAGAUAGCUAAGAAGUAUAUAGUGAAAUGUUAAGAAACUUUGUCAUCGAGUUGGAAGAUGAAAGAUAAGUACAGUAUUUUACGUACCUAUGCGGACCCAGCUCUGACCUACAUAUUUUGCCACAUGUAAUACAGGCAAAAUCAUAGUCUGCCAGUAGAUUGAUUUUAUUCUAUUUUCACUGUCUUUGGCAAGAGUUAAUACAGACAAAGCCAUAGUCUGCCAGUAGAUUGAUUUUAUUCUAUUUUCACUGUCCUUGGCAAGUGUUAAUACAGACAAAGCCAUAGUCUGCCAGUGGAUUGAUUUUAUUCUAUUUUCACUGUCUAUGGCAAGUGGUAAUACAGACAAAGCCAUAGUCUGCCAGUGGAUUGAUUUAAUUCUAUUAUCACUGUCUUUGGCAAGUUUUAAUAUAGACAAAGCCAUAGUCUGCCAGUGGAUUGAUUUUAUUCUAUUUUCACUGUCCUUGGCAAGUGGUAAUACAGACAAAGCCAUAGUCUGCCAGUGGAUUGAUUUUAUUCUAUUUUCACUGUCCUUGGCAAGUGUAAAUACAGACAAAGCCAUAGUCUGCCAGUGGAUUGAUUUUAUUCUAUUUUCACUGUCCUUGGCAGUAGCAUUUCUUUUUUUUUCUAAAUGGAAGUAAAAUACCAUCAGUUGAAGCAGAGUGGCAGCGUAUCUUCAACAAAAUAUUAUAAUGAAAUAAGAAAAUGUCAAAUGAUAUACUAGAACUUUAUGACAUGAUACUCUCCCUUUACAGUAAUGUGCGCUGUGUUAUUUUUAUCAUGUUAGACAAUUGCAUUUGAGGCACUGGAUAGAUCCACAUGGAGAGCAAACAUAAAGUUAGGGUCCUGGAGUGCAGAUGACUUGGACACCAGAAGAAGGUGAAAGUUCCACAGUUACUGGUGAUUACAGAUGCUCAACCUGUGAAUGCAGUUGUGUAUCAACGGUUGGCCUCUUUGGUCACAUGAGGUUGAAAAUGGAAAAGCUGGUAUUGCAUUUUAUAUUUGAAGAUGAAUGAAGAGUCAAAAGUUUGUCUUGAUAGGACAAUUACUUUUGAGUCAAAGACAAAGUUUGACCAAAUAUUACCCUGAGCUCUCUUUUCCUGAACUCUAAUAUCUCUUUGUGCCUCCUUGAUGUCUAUCUCUUUGCUUCCCAACCAAAGUUUCCAACAAUUUUUGCUUUAAAUGGCUGCGUGGUCAUGUGGAAUUCAUUUCGCACUACCGUCAAGAUGUACCUGGGUUCAAACCCUGCCAGCUACUCCCGUAGCCGUCUUGGAGGAGAUUUUGUCUAGAACCUAAGAACUUUCACACUGAAGGAAUGGCUGAAACGUACUAGUCAGUUAUAGCACCGGUACAUUUAUAAAUAGAAAACAAGAGGCAAAAAGUACGCUUGAACUUGCCUUGGCUACCUAUGUAAAGGACUCGAGGUUCGACACCCGACUCGAGCAGAGUUGUGUUUACUGAGCGCCUAAAGGCAACACGGAAAAACCUUCUCCCAGAUACCCCCUUUUUUCGAUGACCCCAGUGUGGCCUUAUUCGCAUACUCUAACAAUAAUAGAAAGUCUUGUCUUCUAGUCCAAAGAUAUAGGUGGAGUGCUUUAUAUCACGUGGCUACGGAGUCCUAGCUGUGAUCUACAUAUUUUGCCAUACCCAACGCAGACAUAACCCAUGUCAGCCGAUGGUCUAAGUUCUCUUUGCUUCGCCUACUCCUGCCAUUGGCAGUGGAUUUCAUUUUGGUCUCUACGUGUAAACCUUGACCUUUGUUAGAAAUCUCCAGCUAUCUCGCUCUGAUGCCGCCUGCAAUCGUUGUUCUCUUAUUUAUCAGUUAAAGCAAGCUGGCGCCUAAGCUGGGUUCUAAAGCGUUUUCGGAGGGCACCGAUCAAAAAGAACUGCCUUUGGCAUACUGUCCACCCACUUAAGGUUACGCUGGGCGGAAGUGUGGCAGGUCAUGCUGCAGGAGUUCUGAAUUGUCAUUAUGGCCCUGGGUUUGAACCCUACCCGCUGCCUUCCCCUGGCGUACUGAGGGUGGUUUGGGCUAUUAAUCUACCACUCUGAAGGAACAUCCAAAACAUGUGAACCAAAUAAAUUAGGGCGCUGAUAGCCCCCUUGGCGUCGUGGUCACUACUCUAACUAGUUUUUAUAAAUCUUUUUUCAACUCAUUCUGUCUUUCCGUCUGUCUGUCUGUCUGUCACAAAUUCCCUUCUAUUUCUCCCUCUUUCUAUUCUCGGAUCAAGUUCAAACUUUGCACAAUUUUCUUAUUGUCGUUGACAGCACGUGAAUCAAUAACAAAACGUUAUUAAACUUAUUAAGCUAUUAAUUAAUUUUUGUAUUAUGAAUAAAAAAGAAUAUAAAUCUUGCAGUAUUAUGUGGAAGUAAAUGUGCAGCUUUUUGUAGGAAUUUUAUAAAAAAAAAGUAUGUUUGUUUAUUGUGAAUACGGUGAUCACAGUUAUGAUAAGCUAUUACAAUCAAAAUCACUCAAAUCUGGUGAAUUAACUAAUAAGAUAAUUGCACAGACAAGUUUCUGUUUACAUAUAAGUGACAAACACUUAAUAUUUUGGUGGGAAGCGUGGUCAUGAGGCUAAGUGCGCUUGAACUUGGCUUGUCUUGGCUACCUAGAAGGGGGCUCGAGGUUCGACACCCGACUCGGGCAGAGUUGUGUUUACUGAGCGCCUAAAGGCAGCACGGAAAACCAACUCCUAGAUACCCCAUCCCCCCUACAAAUGAGAUUGGACCAAAGCGCUCUGAGCAUGCUAUAAGAAUGAAAGUAGCGCUAUAUAAAAGCUAUAAUAAUAAUAUUGUAAGAAGAAACACAUUUUUUAUUUCCUUGCCCGAAGAGGUAUUGGAAUUGCAUCCAUUCAGAGGAAGUAUUUUAUACAAUAGCUUUUUCUCCGCAAUCAGUAAAAUUGUGACCUUAUUUUUGUUUUGUCACUAAUUGUUAUUGUUACAAUAUUGUGAUAAUUGUUGAUCUGCUUUAAGUAUGUAAUUUAGGAUGAUGUUGCAAUCAAUGUAAUAUUAAUUUAGCAUAUUUUACAUUUCAACUUGUACCAUAAGUGCACAGUAGUGUUUACAUUUUUCGUAUAUAUGAUGUAAACAAAAGAUUAUGAAUACCUAUAUUAUAUAGAUGUCUUCAAUGUUUGAUAUAUGGUUUGUAAUGCUUGAAUAUUUAUCUAAAUUUUGUUGUAUUUUAUAUUGCAAUAAAUAAUGUGAGAUAUUUGA